AUGUCUACUCUAGCUGAACUCGAGUCGGAGUUCGAAAUGCUCGCCGCAUGUUGUGAGGCAGCAAAGAACGAUUUCACCAUAAAAGACGACCAGAGGAUAGAGUUGGCACAGAGGUACAGAGUAAUCCAUGCUUGCCUAUUCGCCGUCAGAAAGGAGGCCGUAGCUGCGCAGCAUUCUUCUGUUUCGACACUGGAGUUGAAUGCUAUUCCGACGCUGGGGCAGCUGGAGUCUAAGCCUGAAGAGCACGAAAAGAUCAUUGACGCUGCCAAGGGCGACUGGAGCAUCCCAAAUGCUAGAAACGAGAAAAGUUAA